AGCUGAAACUGGACUGUGAAGAAGUAAAACGACUUCUAGGUUUUGCAACCAGACAGAGAGUAAAAGACUUGUUAGUCAUUGAACAAAAAAAAUUGGAGAUGAAGAUAUCAAAGAGGAAGAUAUUAAAGCAUCAGCAGUUGCUAUGGAAACAGAUGGUGCAGCAGGAGGUGGGGAUGCCUCUGUUAGGAUGAAAACAGACAUAAAAUCAUCACAUGUUUACACAGUCAAAAUAACAAGCUAUGGUUGGGAUCAAUCAGAUAAAUUUAUGAAGUUGUACAUCACACUUAAAGGAAUUGAAACUUUACCAAAAGAUAACUGUCUAGUCCAGUUUGGAGAAGAGUCUGUCACUAUAUGUGUUAGUAAUUUAAAUGGGAAGAAUCAUGAACUUAUUAUCAAAACUUUACUUAACCCUAUCAUACCCUCUGAUAGUCAUUUCAAGAUCAAGACAGACAUGCUUGUAGUUUUUAUGAAAAAGAAAGACAAACAGACAUGGGCAUAUGUUACUAAGGGGGAUAUGAAAAACAAGGAAAAAAAACCUCCCAAAAUGGAUAAUGCUGAUCCAUCAGCGGGAAUUAUGAAUAUGAUGAAAAAUAUGUAUGAAGAGGGUGAUGAUGAUAUGAAACGAACAAUAGCCAAAGCAUGGACAGAGUCAAGAGAUAAACAGAUGAAUCCUGAUAUUGGUGAUAUGGGGAUGUGAGCAGACUUUACUGGGUGCUUUGGGAGCGACAUGUUUUGGGGUAGAGAUAGUCUAUACCAUGAUUGGUGCAUGGUUCUGGGCAUAAGGAGUUGAAAUAACUUGUGUUAAUUUUUCAAUAGUUUAAUUUUGUAUAGGAUUUGUGUCACUUGCUACAUUCAAGUUAUGGGAUCUUGACACAUGCCGGAAUUUUCAAUCUUUGCAGAGGGAUUACAGAGUUGCAUUCAUGUUAGUUGGGACCCACUCAGCUUGUGCUGAAAUCACGCCCUCAUUCUUUGAAUCUGUUAGUUGUCCCAAACAUGGAAAACGAUACGCAUGUGAUGAUAAUAAUAAUUGACAUAUUGAAAUUAUAUCUUUUUGCUGUUUCUAUUUGGUUGCAGCAGCACAUAAAUAUGCGUCGCUGAUGACAGUGUGCAUUCAUUUCAUUCAUUACUACAACAUCCGACCAUAUCUAGCUGCACUUCCUUCCAUUGUCAUAUCAUACUAGUAUGAAUCUGUAUAUGUUCUCCUAAAUUUACCACCGAGGGCGUGAUUUCAGUUUGUGUCAAGUGUUCAUGCAACGGGACCAAGAUCGAGUUUUUUCGGCACAGCCCUGAGCCUUGGAACGUGGCGAGAUUUCUAACAUGAGCAGCACUACUCUUCCACUGUUAUAAGCUUGACCCCAAUCACAGUGUUUAUCAUCUCAGAUUCCGACUCUGACUUUGAUCUUAUUCUUUGAUUACAUGACCUCUGUAACUAACAAAAUGAUACACUGGUUGAAUCCCAGGGAGACCAUGUUCAUAGGUCGCCUUGAAAGCUGUCCAACACUUGAUGAUAUGCAGAGAUUAACAGAAUGUCAUUGGAAACCAUACUCUAAUUAUAUUCUGGGAAAGGUAAAUUAAGAAUUGUAUUAUACAGGGUUAGAUUCAUUGUUAACAAAAGUAUAUAAAGUAAAAAAAAAACAAAUCAUUACCGUACUCGGCCGCGUUAGCGCUCAGGGGCCUCAACUCAGAAAAUCAUGAUUUUGUAGGGGUGGGCGUUUACCCGAGCACCCCCCUCGAAAAAGAGUGCAAAUGAAAAUUUUUAUUCAUCAAGUGACAGAUUACGUCUUUGAGGGAAAAUCAAAUUACUAAAUUAGUUGAGUCGUCAUUGAUUUUCACAAUGAAGAAACAGAAAU